AUGCUGGGAGGAGAGCGACCAGACUCUCACUCUGACAGACGGAAGAGUCCAUCAGGGGAACCAGACCCAGAGACGUCCAAACCAGCGAGACGACACUACUGCUCCCAGUGUGGAAAAAGUUUUUUCCGAUUACAACACCUGAAAUCACAUGAGAGAAUACACACAGGAGAAAAGCCUUACCACUGUUCCCAGUGUGGAAAGAGUUUUACUCAGUUAGAGAGCCUGAAAAGACACAAGCGAAUACACUCCGGAGAGAAGCCUUACCACUGCUCCAAAUGUGGAAUUACUUUUGCAUGGUUAGAGAGUCUGAAAACGCACAAGAGGACACACACAGGAGAGAAGCCUUACUGCUGUUCCCACUGUGGAAAGAAAUUUAGUUGGUUAGUGAGCCUGAAAACGCAUGAGAGAAUACACACAGGAGAGAAGCCUUACUGCUGUUCCCACUGUGGAAAGAGUUUUAGGGGGUUAGGGAGCCUGAAACUGCAUGAGAAAGCACACACACGAGAGAAGUCUUACCCCUGUUCCCAUUGUGGAAAGAGUUUUAGGUGGUUAGGGACCCUGAAAACGCAUGAGCGAAUACACACACAAAAUAAGGAAAAGCUCUACCAAUGUUCCCUGUGUGGAAAGAGUUUUACCCAGUUAGAAGCCCUGAAUACGCAUGACAGGACACACAAAGGAGAGGAUAAGCCCUACCACUGCUCCCAGUGCGGAAAGAGAUUUAACUGGUUAAGGCACCUAAAUAAGCAUGAAAGAAUACAUACAAAGGAGGAGAAGACAUACCACUGCUCUCUUUGUGGAAAGACAUUUUCCCAGUCAGAGGACCUGAAAUCACAUGAGAGAAUAGAGAGGCUGUGUUCUGACUUGUGUUUUUGACUGAGAAUUUGUGUUUUGGUUAGUCCUCAUGAAAUCAAAUUGUAUAUAUGAAACCAAAUUAAGUUUACUUUUGCUUUGGUUUUUUUCAUUUCUAAAAUCAGAUGAAAUAUUUUAAAAUGUGUAUUUGGUUUUGAUUAUGAGCUUUGUUUGAUUUGAUACAAGGAUAAACACUCUGAUGUUGUUCAUCAUAAGAUUUUCAUAUUGCAAAAUGUAAAUGAUUAUAUAAGUAAGUAAGUAGCCUUGCACAAUUAAGAGUGUUAUACAUUUUUAUAACAUUACAAUACUGUGAAGAGACCUCUGGUGGCAUGUCUUCUGGGGUGUGCAUGGGUGUCUGAGCUGUG